AUGGCCAUGGUGGUUUUAAAGGCCCUCUGCUUGAAUUGGUCAGCCCCGACCCCCUCCCCUGGCCCUGGACGUUUUAGAGCAUGGAGGACAGAGAGGCUGCAGAAAGAGACGACUAUCAAGGAGAGGACUAAGACGCUGAACAAUGGGAUAAGGGAUAAUUCCAACGCACGCUCACAAAACACAACAAACACUGCAGCGCACAGCAGCAAAGCAAACCCACUGCUGAUGACUUUGCUGCCGCCAGCGUUGGUGGCCCACAAAGAGGACGAGGAAGCAGAGUGGGAGGAUGAGGAGGAUUUUUGUCAUGGUGAAGAUGACCAUGGCAACCUGGCGACGUAUUCGCCGUACCGCGACCGCAUCCCCCUGCAGAUCGUGAGGGCUGAGGUGGAGCUGUCUGCAGAGGAGAGGGCGUACCUCACCGCUGUGGAGAAAGGCGACUAUGCGGGGGUCAAACACGCGCUCCGGGAGGCGGAGGUCUACUACAACAUGGACGUGAACUGUCUGGACCCGCUGGGCCGCAGCGCGCUGCUCAUCGCCAUCGAGAACGAGAACCUGGAGAUCAUGGAGCUGCUGCUCGACCACGGCAUCCACACGGGAGACGCGCUGCUCUACGCCAUCAGGAAGGAGGUGGUGGGCGCCGUGGAGCUGCUGCUGUCACACAGGAGGCCCAGCGGAGAGAAACAGGUUCCCUCGCUGAUGAUGGACAGCCAGUUUUCAGAGUUCACCCCCGACAUAACUCCCAUCAUGCUCGCUGCUCACACCAACAACUAUGAGAUCAUCAAGCUGCUCGUCCAGCGGAAGGUCACUAUUCCCAGACCUCACCAGAUACGAUGUGACUGUGUCGAGUGCGUCUCCAGUUCAGAGGUGGACAGUCUUCGGCAUUCCCGGUCUCGACUGAACAUCUACAAGGCUCUGGCCUCCCCCUCCCUCAUCGCGUUGUCCAGUGAGGAUCCCAUCCUCACGGCCUUCACUGGCUGGGAACUCAAAGAGCUCAGCAAGGUGGAGAAUGAGUUUCGUCAGGAGUACGAGGAGCUGUCCCAGCAGUGCAAACGAUUCGCCAAAGACCUCCUGGACCAGGCCCGGAGCUCCAGAGAACUUGAGACCAUCCUGAACCACAGGGACAACGACCAGAGCGAGGAGCUGGACCCCAGGCAGUGCCACGACCUGGCCAAACUCAAACUGGCCAUUAAAUAUCACCAAAAAGAGUUCGUGGCUCAGCCGAACUGUCAGCAGCUUCUGGCCACGCUGUGGUACGACGGCUUCCCGGGCUGGAGGAGACGACACUGGGUGGUCAAACUGGUCACGUGCUUCAUCAUCGGACUCCUGUUUCCUGUCUUCUCACUGAUCUACCUGUUGGCGCCGAAGAGCGCCCUGGGAAACUUCAUCAAGAAGCCCUUCAUCAAAUUCAUCUGCCACACAGCGUCCUACCUGACCUUCCUCUUCCUCCUGCUGCUCGCCUCGCAGCACAUCGCCCGCACCAACCUCCACAUGCAGGGGCCCCCACCCACCAUCGUGGAGUGGAUGAUUCUCCCCUGGGUGCUGGGGUUCAUCUGGGCAGAGAUCAAGGAGAUGUGGGACGGGGGAUUCACAGAGUACAUCCACGACUGGUGGAACCUGAUGGACUUCGCCAUGAACUCCCUGUACCUGGCCACGAUAUCCCUGAAGAUAGUGGCCUACGUCAAGUAUAACUCCUCCCGUCCCAGGGAGGAGUGGGAGAUGUGGCACCCGACGCUCAUCGCCGAGGCUCUGUUCGCCAUCGCCAACAUCUUCAGCUCGCUCAGACUCAUCUCCCUCUUCACCGCCAACUCCCACCUGGGGCCGCUGCAGAUCUCCCUGGGCAGGAUGCUGCUGGACAUCCUCAAGUUUCUCUUCAUCUACUGUCUGGUCCUGCUGGCGUUCGCUAACGGUCUGAACCAGCUGUACUUCUACUACGAGACCAAGGCGUCAGAAGAACCCAGCAACUGUAAGGGCAUCCGCUGUGAGAGGCAGAACAACGCCUUCUCCACGUUGUUCGAGACGCUGCAGUCGCUCUUCUGGUCGAUAUUCGGCCUCUUGAACUUGUACGUCACCAACGUGAAGGCGCGGCACGAGUUCACCGAGUUCGUGGGGGCGACCAUGUUCGGGACGUACAACGUGAUCUCGCUGGUGGUUCUGCUCAACAUGCUGAUCGCCAUGAUGAACAACUCCUACCAGCUCAUCGCCGACCACGCGGACAUCGAGUGGAAGUUCGCCCGCACCAAGCUGUGGAUGAGCUACUUCGACGAGGGCGGAACGCUGCCGCCGCCGUUCAACAUCAUCCCGAGCCCCAAGUCCAUGUGGUACCUGCUGGGCUGGCUCCACAACAAGCUGUGCGCCCGGGGCCCGCCGCCGGGGGAGGAGCCGCACAAAUGUGAAAACCUCCGAGAGUUCACGGAACGACACGCUGACAGUCUGAUACAGAACCAGCACUACCAGGAAGUGAUCCGGAGCCUGGUGAAGAGGUACGUGGCGGCCAUGAUACGCAGCGCCAAGACGGACGAGGGGCUGACGGAGGAGAACUUCAAGGAGCUGAAACAGGACAUCUCCAGUUUCCGCUACGAGGUCCUUGAUCUCCUCGGCAAUCGGCGCCCCCCCCGGCGGCACUACUCCUCCUCCAGCGAGACCAUGAGAGACGAUGGCGCCAUGGCGUCGGAGGAUGACAGCGAAUCGGGUGAGGGCGGCGGAGGCUGUGGAUUUGGAGGCCAGAGGUCAAAGGGCGUGACUUUCAUGACCCCGCUGGACGAUGAGGUGAGGCCGGCGCCCCCCCUCAGCGUGUCGGCUCUGGUGCGCUCCAUCUCCGGAAUGACCCGGAAAGAAGGCGGGGCCGAGCGUGAGGAGGGGGAGCUGGAGGAGGGCAUCGGAUGGGGGGAAGAGGAGGAGGAAGAGGAGGGGAUACCAAAGAGCAAUGGGCUGAAGACGACCGUCAUCCCUCCGUCCUCCACCACCGUCCUCCCCUUGCCUUCGUCAUCGUUCUCCUCCUCGCUCUCAACGUCGCUCGCCCGCACGAGGAGUCGUCUGCAGCGGAUCUCGGCUCCGAGCGCUAAGACGGACUCCUUCAGACGCCUCUCCUACCUGUUCUCUCGCUCCAAACGCAAAGGGCCUCCCUCGCCUCUCCCCCUGCAGUCUCCGCCCUCCUACACCAUCUCAGACGGGCUGCUCCGCCCCCUCGGGAGCCACAGCCACAGCCACUCCGACUUCGGACUCAGUAACGUGACCAGAAGCGAGACCCACCUGCACGAGGUGGGCCGCUCCGUCGACAUCAGCAACCCCUCGUUCUCCCCGCGGAGAACGAACGGGAGGGACUCGCUCCUGGCCCUGCCCCUCCCGCCCCCCUGCCCCUGCCAAUCCCUGCACUGUGCUUCCAACAUGUCCGAGUCCAGCUCUCGCCUCCUGGACUCCAGCGAGGACGUUUUCCAGGGCGUGAGCAUGGGAGGAGCGGGCGAGGGAGGAGUGGACGACAGAGGGGGAAGAGGAGGGCUGAUGAUGAUGGGCGGGUGGGUGGGGCCGUGCGAUGAUGUCAUAGAGGACAGCUGUGAGGUCAUAGAGGACUCGGUCACCACGCAGCUAUAG